CGAGUCACAUGACUUAGAAGAACACAGGAAAAAGAGGGAUGGGUGGUCUGCAGUGGGAUGUCUUUAUAGACAUUAACAAACAGACAAUAAAAUAAUCUCUAAUUCAGUGCUAUAACCAAUUGGAAUUAAUAAAAUUAAUCCAUAUAUAAUACUUAUCAAAGACUUUUGGAUAUUAUCCCAUCUGUCAUCAUUAUGCUGACGAAAAGGGGAAUUUUCCUUGCGAGUCUGUGAUGCUUCCUGUUUUGUGAAAACAUAACCUAAACAGCAGCUCUAAUUCACUUUGAGAGAAAUCUGACGCAAGGGUCUAUGGGCAGGUAAAUGUAUGGUUUUUUUUUCUGAUCUUUCGAUCUAAUGGACAAAAAAGGUUGUGCAAUUUAUAUAUGAACGCAGACACGACGGCAAAACUUAACAUUCUAAAAUGCUUAACGUGUAAUUAAAUGUGUUGUGUUCAUAUUCUGGAGUCAUCUUCUUUUCUGUACAUACACUGAAAACAAUUUUCAGCUCUAACAUUUCUAUAAUCCUUUAUUUUAAUCAACCUUUUCAUUAGGAAGUUUAUGAACUGAAGCUAUCGAGACGUUCCCUGACUGAAACAUGAAAAAUGGGAAACAAAUCAUCACAAGAGGACCAGCAGUGCUUGUUAAAUGGCAAUGAAGGUGAUGAAGAAAUUCUGCCUGUUUUUGAGGAACUUAAGCUUGUGUUAAUUGGAAGUCAUGGUGUUGGAAAAAACUCCAUUGGUAAUGCCAUCCUUAGGAAAAAGGUCUUCACAUUCUGGACAGUUCGCAAACAUGACGACAUUAAAGAGACUCGUACAGUAUCACGAAGACGGAUCCAUUUGACUCGCACCCCAAGCUGGAAAGAAGACUGGAAUAGUCCAGAGAAAACCAAAAAUGACAUUUUUCACUGUGUGAAGUCCUUAUAUAUCACGAGACCUCACGCAGUGCUCUUGACUCUUAAAUUAAAUUCGAAACUCUCAGAGUUGACCAUCAGCACACUAGAAAAUCUUCUUUCUGCUCAGCUGUGGGAGCAUACUAUAGUGCUCUUCACACAUAGAAAAAAACUGGAUGAUUAUACCAUUGAGGAUUAUAUCAUACGCCAGCAGCUUCAACCUUUAAUUGACAAAUGUGGACAAAGAUAUUUUGUGAUCCAAAAAAACUACAGCCAGAUUACUGACACAAUUGAAGAGCUCAUUGCCAAGAAGAACUUACCCUGUUAUUUUGAACCUAAUGAUCAGAUAAAGGAUGAUACUAUAAUACUGUCAGGCUUAAAAGACCUUGUCACAAGAAUCAAAUCUAAAAUCAGUUCUAUAUCAACCUACAAGGACAAUUGUAAAAAUGCACAAAAUAAAGCGCUACUCGAUUCUAAGGAUAAAGAGAUCAAGAGACUGAAUACCAUUGUUGAAGAAAAAGAGAGGGAGAUAAAGAGGCUACAAUCAAGAACUCAAGAUAGACCUGACCUGUCUGCCCUACGCAGAAGAAUUACUGAACUGGAAGGUCAACUAAAGGAAAUGAAUCAUGAGAAUGUAACACUGAAAGAGAAGAUUGAAGUAUUGGAAAAGGAGUUACAAAAGCAUCAAGAAGAGGAUCAACAUGUACAUGCAGGCUAUCGUAAUAAACUCUGUCAAGAUGUUAAACGGGAAUCCAUGACAAGCUACACACAAAUGCAUGAUCUUUCUUCAAAAGGCUCAGCUCUAAACAACUGGAGUGAGACUCUUCUUAAGAUCUUGGAAAUGCUGAAGGAUUAUGAAGUGAAGAAACUGAAAUACUACUUAAAGGAGGAUGAAGAAUUCACAAUAUCCAUUGACUCAAUAGUGGACACCGUUGAUCUAGCAAACGCAAUUAAAAAUCAGUGGGAUAAACGACGAGCAGUGCUGAAAAUACAAGACCUCAUCAAGAAAAUCCCUCGUAAUGAUGAUAAAAUGAUACAGCUGUUUGAACCUUUCUUGGAGGAAAUUGGAAAAACAUGGUGAUCAUCAGCUUUGCAGUCAUCAUUUCUUUCUUAAAGAGGACUGCUUCAUUUUAAUGAGAUAUUUCUUCUCCAUAUCAGGGAAGUCUCACACGUCUUAAUUAAAAUUUGGCACUGGAAUAAUUUUAUCUUCACGAACCCAGAGAACCAUGAAACGUGUCUAAUGAUUAGUUCCUACCCAGGGGACAGGGAAUGUUCUCAGAACAUUCUGACAAGGUUCUCUCAAAGUUAUAAACAUUCUUCUAAUAAUGUUAAUAGAAUGUUUGUUCAAAGUUGUCUGGUCUUUAAUGACGUUCUCAAAAUGUUAGCACAAAAACGGUAUUUAUGCAUUGUUCAUGGAAUGUUUUUUCUUAAAGAAUUUAGUUGGAUGUUCAUCUACCAUUUUUUAAGAAGUUACUACUUAUUUCAGAAUGUUUAGUGAACAUUCAAAAGUAAUGUUCCCAUAGUGUUUGCAAAAAAUUCCCUUAACAUUUGUAUAACCAAGAAAAAAAAGACAUUCUGAAAUAAUGUUUUCAUAACUUGAAGGGAUACUCUCUUUCAAAAAUUUGGGCUAAACUGCUCAAUUCAUAUGGAUUAGUUUUCCGAUCUAUUAAUGAACUGUUUGAAGCGUUAAAGAUCAAGUUGCAAAUGCAGUCUAUGGAGGGACAGACAUCUCUCAGAUUUCAUAAAAAAAAAAAAAAAAAAAAAAGAGAAGAGCUCUUUAUUUGUGUUCCAAAGAUGAACAAAAGUCUUACGGGCUUGGAACAACAUGAGGGUAAAUAAUGACAAUUUUCAUUUUGGGGUGAACUAACCCUUAAAUGAGAAUAUUUUUUACUUGGGUAUAUGGUUACAUUCUGAAUAUUUGCAGCACUAACUAUUAAGGUUACAGCUAAACUUUAGUCUUUAGUAAAUGUUGACAUAUUGUAAAAAAAAAAAAAAAAAAAAAAAAAAAAAAACCUUAUUUAGUUGCUCAACUGACUGAAUUCAGGGAAUCACUGCCAUUUAAAUCUGUUCGUACACUGUGAUGCCAUGAGGAUAAUCAGGGAAAACAGGCACUGGCAACUUCAUGCACCUUUAUGUCCUUUUAUGAUUUCAACAUUUUUUUAUCUCUUUUUUAAUAUUAAGGUCACAUUAAAACUUGAUUUUUUUAAAAA